AUGGACGACAUUGAAAAUGAGCUUAGGUCCCAAAUACAGUUUGAUGAGCACAACGACCCAUUGGGCAACACAUUGCCAAAAAAAGAGAAAAAGUCACGGCUUCCCCUGGCAGAACCAUUCUUAGUAGAGAACGCAAAGGAAACGGGAUUUCGCCAAACGACAAGGCUUUGUCUUGAGAGAAUCAGAGAGGCUAUGCUGCAUCAUAGAUGGCAGGAAGCUGCAGAAUACCUGCCAUGUUACCCUCAAAUACUGGAGGACACAACUGCUGGCAAGGGAAUUCACUACAAAGAGAUCAUUUGGAGAAUCGGCAUUGAAAUCCUCCAUCAUCACCCCAACUCAAAAAUGGAUGACUACAAUGUCGUCUAUGAGCGAUUGAAACAUUCAGGCGUUCAACAUUACCUGAUGAUCUGCUUGGAACAUGCCUUCCACCUACUGCUUCAUGGCCAAAUCGAAAAUGCAAAACAUCACCUUUCGGUCGCUGAAAGCUGGAGGUAUGGCAGAGUGUCGGCAUGUCAACAUCAGAAGACUAAACUGAUCCAGGCCUACAGGAGUUUGCUAGACUACAUUAUCUGGUGUGACAAGAAAAGUUCAGCCACCAACACUAGUUUUACAAACGCUGAUAGCAGCAAAGACAUGCACAGCUACUUUAGGCAAGCUUCAGUCAAUCUAAAGGAGAUUUUAAAACAUCCUGGUGUCUGGGAUCCCUUCAUUCUGAGUUAUGUCGAGAUGCUGGAAUUCUAUGAUGAUCAGGAGGAAGCAGUGAAAGUCCUUAAGAAUUAUGCACAUGAUGAGUCGUUCCCGCCGAAUCCCAAUGCACAAGUGUAUCUCUACCAGUUUUUGCAGAGACAUAAUGCACCAGAAAGGAAAUUGCUGAAUGUUUUAAAGAUUCUCCAUGCUUUAGUUCCUAGUCAUGAGCUGAUGUUGGACUACAUUUCCUUUCUGCUUCUCUCAGAAAAGGCGAAAAACAUCGAAAAAGCUCUUGGAGUUGUCCUUGACAUGCUGGACUAUGCCUGCUGGAGAACAAGCAUGGAUGUGUGGAAACAUUUAAAAGAUGUUAUUGACAAACUGCAGCUACAUAAGGACUGGAAGAAGAUUGUUGCUGAGAAGAUGGCACCAAGAAAAGAAUGGUGGCCUGCAUUGCACUUUACAAGGUUCCAUGCAACUGAGGAUGCCCGACAAAGACCCCAGCUGAUGGCGGUAAAGGCGUCACUCACCAAUAUCUUAUGUCCAGAAAUAAAACUCACAUACCCUGCUGGACAAAUAAUCAGCGGAGAGACAACUUGA